GACCGUGAAAAAUUGGAGGGAAAAUUAGUGACAGAAAGCAGAACGAAAAUAAAAACGGAUAAAGUGGUGACAUAAUCGCGGCGCGGACGGACACGUCGAGGUAACCCCGUCUCGGUAAUAAUUACAUACGUACAACUGGGCUUUCGGUUGCCGAACAAAAAUAAAGAAUUUAUUUAUAACCUAUAGCCACACCGCGCCUUCACCGGACUCGCGUGUGAUAUAUAAACUGUAUGUAUAUUCAUACAGAAGUUUGUGCAUGUAGUUGGAAGCGUUAUGCCGUUUGUUUUGUCACGAGUUUGGUGUAGGCGGACAACGCGAGAAGUUUCGAGGUCUUUCUUCGACAAUCUCAGAGACGGGCCAAGAACGACGAGGAGGAGGUAAGGUGUUCCUGGACGGCCGGGCCCUGAGGAAACCUUGAAGAACGAUCGAGAGAGAAAAAGAGUCGAGACGCGAGAUUACGGACAGCGUCGAGGCGUUGAAACGGCGCUCACUCCUCUCGACAGAGUCAAAGGACUCGUCGUCCCAUCAGAAGCCGCAUUACAUAUAAUACUGACAAGCAGGCAAGCGCCGUCUCUUGAGUCUUGCGGCAUCGCUAGUGCUAGUGCUACCCGCGGCGUCAAACCGUUCGGGUGAAAGUCCGGUACCAGGUUUAAUCGCACCGAGGCCGGAGUAAGAGCAGCUAGCAGGACGGAGUUGCCAUCGCAGCGUCUCCUCCACAUGUGGACAUCUCCGUCCCAGCUUAGGAUUGGCCGAGCACCCAGAAAAAAGAUCAACCUGCAUCCUUAGUACUUGUUACCAAGGAUUAAACAACCGCGAUGGACAACCCCGACAAACGGACACCGGGGACCAAGCGCAAGUUGUCGUUUCUUGGAUUUGGCAAACGAAGUUCGAUCGACGGGCAUGGCACGGAAACGGGACCGGAACUCGACGAGGAGAUGGAGAAGGUCUUCGCAAUGGAUAUGGGGGAGAAGUUCAACGUUUCACGGCUUGGAUCUCCCUCGGAGUCUGCAGGAUCGGAUCGAGAACGAGGGGCGCCGCCUCGAUACGGAGAACGUGACUUUAAUCAACACCGGAAACGUAGUUACCCUCAUCCGCACAUGCCAUUGAAAAGUCUUCACUCUAGGUCAAUGAGGCGGCAUCUUUCACCGGAAGGAUCCGUGACCGAACCUGGACCCGAGGAAGAUCAAUCCUUGAACGAUCAGCCGAUCUCGGCCGCCGGUAACGUAGAACAACCCGAGCAGGAAGAGCAGGAGGAGGAGGAGGAGGAAGUCGACGCGUUGAUAAACGGCGGAAGUCAACAUCAGCAGGGCGGCGAGGCUGUCGUCUUCCUGGGUAUCGAGGGCGACGAACGGCCGAUUCCUGACGACGGGGAAACCGUUUUGAGCAGCGAAAGCGAGGCGCCGAUUUCCGAGAGGGCGGCAUCGGGAUACACCGAAAGUCCGGCACUCGGAAGUCCUCGAGUACAGUUUGAAAAGAUUAGAGAGGAAGGCGCGGCCAGUCCGCAACCGGAAACGCCGCCCGGUGACGAGGAGCGGAAGCCUCGACGGCUCCACAAACACGACCACAAACGGCACCAUCACAAAUCAAGAAAGUAUUCACUUCAGGAAGAUCCACAAUGGCGGAAACGCUCGGGUGCCGGUAUCACCGACGGAAACAACGCGAUGGGACGUCGAGUCAGCGUCCAACCGGACGAGGCAAGCACCCUCCAGGAGCUGGACAUAGACGGCUUGGAGUCCCACAGGAGCGACGAUCCCCGAGGUAUGCGUCGUCACAAAACGGGUCACUCGACGGUUCACAUUGGGCGAAAAAUGAUCGGGGGUAUAUUCCACGACACGUUCAAAAAGAUGUACGAUCAUUCGCCGCACGAGGUAUUCGUCCAGCUCGAUGAACUCCACGGAAUCGGCGAGGAUCGCGAAUGGCGGGAAACCGCAAGGUGGAUAAAGUACGAGGAGGACGUUGAAGAGGGUGCCGACAGGUGGGGGAGACCCCACGUAGCAUCGCUAAGCUUUCACUCACUUCUAAACCUACGGCGAUGCCUCGAGACCGGCGUUUGCCUCCUUGAUCUCGAGGAACGCGAUCUUCCCGGCGUAGCUUACAGGGUUGUCGAGCAGAUGGUCGUCGAGGAGUUGAUACUGCCCGAAGAUCGACCCGUCGUUAUGAGGGCUCUGCUUCUCAGGCACAGGCACGUCAAUGAACAUGAUAGAUUUCGGUUUGGGGGGAAGAGGAAUUACGCCAGCUACACCAGUCUGCAGUCUAUCUGGCUGGAGGAGGAAGAGGCUGCUCGAGAUCCGACCGAGAACCAUGUGAAGCAACAUAACCUGAGCGAUUCUAAACCUAAGAUCGUAUCGUCCACCUUGGCACUGGACAGCAACCAUACAGCGGUUGAUAUAAAAGAAGAGUUGACCUACACGAGUAGCAACGAGGAUUUGAAGAAAGGGCACAACGAUUAUAUAUUGAAAAGAAUUCCCGUCGGCGCUGAGGCAACAACUGUACUUGUAGGUGCCGUCGAUUUUCUUGAUCAACCUACGAUAGCAUUUGUUCGGCUGGCAGAAGGUGUUUUCAUGCCCUCGUUGACAGAAGUUACCAUUCCUGUUCGGUUCAUGUUUAUUCUUCUGGGGCCACGAAACGCUGAUCUUGAUUACCAUGAGGUCGGUCGAUCCAUCUCGACGCUUAUGGCCAAUACCUCAUUUCACAAGAUUGCCUACAAAGCUAAUGAAAGACGAGAACUGCUAUCGGCAAUCAACGAGUUUUUGGAUGAUUCAAUCGUGCUGCCACCAGGCGAUUGGGAAAGACAGGCACUUUUACCAUUCGACGAACUCAAGGCCAAAAGCGAAGCUAUAAGAAAACGAAAAGCUAAAGCAUUGGAAAGAAAUUCAAAGCAGACACAAAAUGAUGCCGCUAUCAAGAAAGCUCUUUUAGCUGGCGAGGAUGAGAAAAAACCCCCAGAUGACGACCCGCUGCGUAGAACUAGGCGUCCUUUCGGUGGGCUUAUUAACGAUAUCAAGAGACGCUACCCGCUUUAUUUGUCUGAUUUCACGGAUGGAUUGAAUUCUUCUAGCCUUGCGGCAGCCAUCUUCAUGUACUUUGCUGCUCUUUGUACAGCUAUCACAUUUGGCGGACUGAUAAGCGACAAAACAAAUAAUCUAAUAGGCAUCUCAGAGACUUUAAUUUCUGCUUCAUGGACAGGAGUGAUAAUGGCUCUUUUUGCCACGCAACCUCUCGUCAUUAUAGGUACAACUGGACCGCUUCUUCUCUUCGAUGAAAGCUUGUACAAAAUGUGCAAUGCCUAUGAAUUCGAAUUUCUAACGGUCCGGAUAUACGUUGGCGUUUGGCUCGGUGUCAUUGCACUGAUUAUUGCUUGUGUCGAAGGUUCAGUACUCGUAAAACUUUUCACACGUUUUACAGAAGAAAUAUUUACCGGAUUGAUAUCAAUUCUCUAUAUCGUCGAGGCCUUCCAAAAGAUCUAUAAAUACUUUUUAAUAAAUCCACUUCUUCCUGAAUACUGCUUCGCCCCUCACGAAAAUGAGACCAGCUCUCAGAUGAACAAUACUGGCAUGAAUGUGACGGCCCCUAGUGCUGUGUGUGACAACUCUCAGCAGAUGAAUUGGAUUCCUGACAGUAACGGUCAUGGCCUUAUAAAUCAACCAAAUACUGCUCUCAUGUGCACGAUUCUUUGCUUGGGAACGUUCCUUGGUGCGUACUACCUGCGCAUAUUUCGUAACAGUCACUAUCUGGGUCGCAGUGCGAGAAGAGCUUUUGGUGAUUUUGGAGUUCCAAUAAGCAUCAUAAUUUUUGUCUUGAUCGAUUUUCUCGCUCAAGUCAAAACUGAGAAACUCCUUGUACCUGACGGCUUGAGUCCUUCGGAUCCCGACAAGAGAGGAUGGCUAAUACCGCUAGGGGGUGAAAAGCAAUCGAUUCCCGUUUGGUUGGCACUUGUUUGCGUCGUGCCGGCUCUUUUAGUUUACAUCCUUAUCUUCAUGGAAACUCAAAUCUCUGAGCUCAUCAUUGACAAGAAAGAACGCAAGCUGCGUAAAGGCAACGGCUACCACAUGGACAUUGUUGUUGUCAGCCUGAUGAACGUUGGCUGCGGUUUCAUCGGUAUGCCCUGGUGUUGCGCAGCCUCAGUGCGUUCUCUUACCCACGUAUCCGCGGUUACAAUAAUGUCAACGAACCACGCUCCUGGUGACAAACCUCACAUUGUUGAGGUCAAAGAACAGAGAGUGAGCGGUCUCUUGGUCGCAAUCCUCGUAGGUCUCAGUGUGUUAAUGGCGCCACUACUAAGACGUGUUCCCAUGGCAGUAUUGAUCGGAGUUUUUCUGUACAUGGGCGUAUCGUCGACCAAUGGCGUUCAGCUGUUUGAUCGUAUAAAGUUAUUCUUUAUGCCUGUCAAGCACCAUGGUACUGCAAAUUAUGUGCGCAGAGUUCAAACCUAUAAGAUGCACAUAUUCACUUUAAUUCAAAUAUUUUGUCUCUCGGUCCUUUGGGUUGUCAAAAGCACCGCAAUCUCCCUGGCCUUCCCAUUCUUUUUGAUUCUGAUGAUACCGUUGCGCGCUCAAAUGAAGCGUUACUUUACACAUGCGGAACUACGUGCUCUCGAUACUAAAGAACCAGAGAUGGAGAGCACUCAGGAUGAGCCAGACUUUUAUGAAGAAGCACCCCUCCCUGGUUAGACUGUGCCUUACCUCACCUUGUCCAAUUAAUUACCCUCGUACUACCCCUUGUUGUAUCCAUUGACGGCGUUUGUCGAAUAAUCCAAGUUUUUCCCUUGAAAACCUCGACAUUCAGGGUGACUCAAAAAGUUUUAGCUGUUUUUAACAUAUCUUUACCCUUAUUGACGCAAACAAAGAAUAUAUUUGAUAUGAAUGUUACGGGGUUUGACAUAGUUUAAUAUAGUAAGAUUUUACUUACGGACGAAAAAGAAAUCUAGUAUUAUACAAUCUAAGUACUUAUAGGUAACGUACAUAUAUUUAUAGUUAAUUCUUAUUUUACUUAGACUAGUUAUAAUUUGAAAGAUUUUAAUUCAGGUUCUGAUUUGUUGCGGGCAUGUAACGUGUGUGGUAUCGGUAACAUUUCACUUUUAGCCAGUCAUAGAGAUUGUUCGAAAUUCAUUUGAAAUGGAAUAUAUACGUCAAUUAUUUAAUAUCAUUAUCAGCAUUAUUUACAUUUCACAUGAGCAUAACUAAUUGAAAAAGAAUAAAGAGUGCCAAACGGAAUUCGUUCGAUCAUUUGUUGUUACGCGAUUAUCAACUAUAUGCAGGAAGAUUAUCAGUAUGUACAGUAUUCUAAAUAUUUUUUUCACGAAUCCAUAACAAUAGCAGAUGUUUAAUUCUGUUGCGAUUCACUGCGUUCAAUUAGUUUGAUAAUUUUAAAGUCUCGGCUAUCACAGUAAGAGUUUAAAAACACCAAACUUUUUGAUACCCUGGUCGUUCCUAUUUAUCUGACGAUCAUUUCCAUUUGUACCUUAUUCACGCUACCUCUAUGGGAACAGACAAGAUCCAUGAGAAAUUAACUAUCGUUAAGUAUAGACAAUUUUACGAAACUGGUAAAUCGAAAUUGUCCAGGUGGCAUCUCGUGCAUGUUAUUGAACUAAGUUGGUUCAUGAUGUUCAGGCCUUUGUCAAGAGAGUAACAAUAGAUGCAACACGAGAUUAGUGCAUGGUGCCAGGGGAUGAUUAAGAUUGACCAAAAGGAUUGCAUGUGAUCUUUGUUAAAAGUAUAGCCAAUUUUUUGGCACAGUAGGGUAUGAGCGUAGGAACGUAGGGUUGCAUUUGGGUAGGCAUUUUUGUAGUUAGACAAUAAAGUUGGUGCUAUAUGUAUAAAACUGUGUAUACACAAGUACCUGAUUGGUGAAUGUAUGCAGCAGGAUUAGAUAUGAGCCUUGCUGGAGAUGAAUGGCAAAUAGUAUGGUACAGAUAAAUAAAUGACGGAUUUCUGUAAAAUUUUAACUCCUGACAAAAUUCUGUUUGUGUAAUUUGAAUUACAUAUCUUGCAGGGAUAAGUAAUAUGGAAAUUCUUAUAUUUUUCGAUAAAUGAAAAUCGUGUAUGCUUAUGACCGAACUCUCUUGUGACGUAUAAUUUACAAAGGCAUAAACAUUAUGAACCAAAAUCGAAGUGAUAGACAUCCAAUGAUGUAUCGCCAUAAAGCAGAUAUAAUGUAUUAGAAAUGAUAUAUACGAUACGAAAUAAGAAGCAAAGAAUAUAUUGUAUUUUGAUUCCGUAGAGUAUUUUACUAAUCGAUAUGUUGUUAUUGAAAAUUGAAAAUCAUUAUUAACACUACUUUGAUCCAACACGUAGUACAACCAUUUAA